UAGUCGAGUCUGUUUAAAGAUGGCGCUGUUAAGCCCAUGAUUUGUUUUCUAUGGGUGCAAAGUAUGUUUAAGUGCAUUAACCGAACGGCCCAGUUCACCAGACAUCUCAAGUCAACAGGAAACAGCGUCUGUGUUAACCAAGGAUUUAGGCUGGUGUCAUCCCUACCUCUCAGAAUGACGGAACCGGCUGUGAGGAGGGUGGUCACCGAUAUAAUUCGGUCUCCUGAAGACAGACGGGACUACCGGGGCCUGGAGUUCAGAAACGGACUCAAAGCGAUGCUCAUCAGCGACCCGACGACCGACAAAUCAUCAGCCGCACUGGACGUGCACAUAGGUUCCCUGUCAGACCCAGCGAACAUUUCAGGCCUGGCCCAUUUCUGUGAGCACAUGCUGUUUCUGGGAACAGAAAAAUACCCCAAGGAGAACGAAUACAGCCAGUUCCUCAGCGAGCACGCAGGAAGCUCCAACGCCUUCACCAGCGGCGAGCACACCAACUACUACUUCGACGUUUCCCAUGAGCAUUUGCAAGGAGCGUUAGACAGGUUUGCCCAGUUCUUCCUGUGCCCUCUGUUCGAUGAGAGCUGUAAGGACCGGGAAGUGAACGCCGUCGACUCCGAACACGAGAAGAACCUGAUGAAUGACGCCUGGAGGCUGUUUCAGCUGGAGAAAGCCACCGGAAACCCAAACCACCCAUUCAGUAAAUUUGGAACAGGCAACAAACUAACACUGGAAACCAGACCGUCUAAAGAAGGGGUCGAUAUCCGUCAGGAACUGCUGAAGUUUCACUCUACGUAUUAUUCUGCUAAUCUGAUGGGACUCUGCGUGUUGGGAAGAGAGUCUCUUGAUGAAUUAACCGCCAUGGUGGAAAACCUGUUUGGAGAAGUGGAAAACAAGAACGUGCCGGUCCCAGAAUUCCCAGAGCAUCCGUUUCAGGAAGAGCACCUCAAACAAUUCUACAAAGUGGUUCCCAUCAAAGACAUCAGGAACCUGUAUGUGACCUUCCCCAUCCCAGACCUGCAGAAGUACUACAAGUCGAACCCGGGCCAUUAUCUGGGUCACCUGAUCGGCCACGAAGGACCCGGCAGUUUGUUAUCCGAGCUCAAAUCUAAAGGCUGGGUGAACACGCUGGUGGGAGGCCAGAAGGAAGGAGCCAAAGGAUUCAUGUUCUUCAUCAUCAACGUCGACCUGACGGAGGAGGGGCUCUUGCAUGUCGAGGACAUCAUCUUCCACAUGUUCCAGUACAUCCAGAAGCUUCGCACCAAAGGGCCUCAGGAAUGGGUGUUCGACGAAUGCAAGGAUCUUAGUAAAGUCGCCUUCAGGUUUAAGGAUAAGGAACGACCUCGCGGUUACACCUCCAAAGUCGCCGGUUUGCUGCAUUAUUAUCCUCUGGAGGAAGUUCUUGCAGCCGAGUAUCUUCUGGAGGACUUCAGGCCGGAUCUGAUUGAGAUGGUUCUCGAUAAACUGCAGCCGGAAAACGUCAGAGUUGCAGUGGUGUCGAAGUCCUUCGAAGGGCAGACGGACCGAACCGAGGAGUGGUACGGCACGCAGUACAAGCAGGAAGCCAUUUCUGAAGAAAGCAUCCAGAACUGGGCAAAUGCAGACCUGAACGGCAAGUUCAAGUUGCCGAUGAGAAACGAGUUCAUCCCAACCAACUUUGAGAUUUACCCUCUGGAGAAAGACUCUCCGUCGGUUCCGACUUUAAUCAAGGACACUGCAAUGAGCAAGGUGUGGUUUAAACAAGACGACAAAUUCUUCCUCCCAAAGGCCUGCCUGAACUUUGAGUUCUUCAGUCGCUACCUUUAUACAGAUCCUGUGCACUGCAACAUGACCUACUUGUUUCUGAGGUUACUGAAGGAUAAUUUAAGAGAGUAUGCAUAUCCAGCCCACCUGGCCGGGCUUGUCUAUGACAUAUCCGCAGUGAUGAAUGCCCUCACCCUUUCGGUCAAAGGUUACAACGACAAGCAGCACAUCCUGCUGAAGAAGAUCAUCGAGAAGAUGGCGACCUUCGAGAUCGACGAGAAGCGCUUUGACAUCAUCAAAGAGGCGUACAUGAGAUCUUUGAACAACUUCAGAGCCGAGCAGCCGCACCAGCACGCCAUGUACUACCUCCGCCUGCUGAUGACCGAGGUCGGGUGGACCAAAGACGAGCUCAGAGAGUCGCUCGAUGACGUAACUCUCCCCCGCCUCAGGGCGUUCAUACCUGAGCUGUUGUCACGGUUACACAUCGAGGCUCUGCUCCAUGGCAACAUCACCAAGGAGUCUGCUCUCGGCAUGAUGCAGAUGGUGGAGGACACGCUCAUUGAGCACGCUCACACCAAGCCCCUCCUCCCGAGCCAGCUGAUUCGCUACAGGGAGGUGCAGGUCCCGGACGGUGGCUGGUAUGUCUACCAGCAGAGAAACGAAGUUCACAACCACUGCGGCAUCGAGAUCUACUACCAGACGGACAUGCAGACCACCAACGACAACAUGCUGCUGGAGCUGUUCUGCCAGAUCAUCUCUGAGCCCUGCUUCAACACGCUGAGGACCAAAGAGCAGCUGGGCUACAUCGUGUUCAGCGGGCCCCGCCGGGCCAACGGGGUCCAGGGCCUGCGCUUCAUCAUCCAGUCGGAGAAGGCCCCCCACUACCUGGAGAGCCGGGUGGAGGCGUUCCUGCGCACCAUGGAGAAGGCGCUGGAGGACAUGAGCGAGGAGGCCUUCCAGAAGCACAUCCAGGCCCUGGCCAUCCGCCGCCUGGACAAACCCAAGAAGCUGUCCGCCGAGUGCGCCAAGUACUGGGGCGAGAUCAUCUCCCAGCAGUACAACUUCGACAGAGAUAACAUUGAAGUUGCACAUCUGAAGACGUUGACUAAAGAAAACAUAAUGCAGUUUUACAGAGAGCGGCUCACGGUGGAAGCUGCAAAGAGACACAAAGUGUCCGUUCACGUUCUGUCCAGAGAGAUGGACUCCUGUCCGAUAGUCGGAGAGUUCCCUGCCCAGAACGACGUCAACCUGGCUCCCGCUCCGUCCCUGCCUCAGCCGUCGUUGAUCCAGGACAUGACGGAGUUCAAGAGGAGCCUGCCGCUGUUCCCGCUGGUCAAGCCUCACAUCAACUUCAUGGCCGCCAAACUGUGAGCGAGGCCGGAGAAGCUUCGCCUUCCUGAGGUUCCCCUGACCGUGUGUGUGUGUGUGGAAUGUGUGCAGGCGACACGCCAAUGCACCAGAAGAAGAAGAAGAAGAGGAGGAGAUGCUCAGUAAGCGAAGAACCCCCAAAGUUAGCUGUGGUCGUUUUUUAAACUAGCUGUGACAACCAUAGCGGUCUCACCUCACACUCACGCUGCAGCGCUGCGUAGGCGAAGUAGAACCACGUUAACCAGAAAACUUUAUGCAGGAGCUUCACUUCACCACUAGGGGGCGCUUCCCAGUCCAAGUCAGUAGCUCUACCUACCAAGGCACUCCGACGUUUUACUCAAAUGUACGCAUUUUACGAAGCCUUAUUCUGUAGUUUUUAAAGCUUGCUUGGUGAGGGGCUUUUAUCUGUUGGCGCCCUCUGAGGAGACCUGAGUGAAGUCGGCACCGCGACUCAAAUCCAACUGAAUUGGCCUCAAACGUUUGUGCUGCCAUCAUUUCAAAGAUAUUAGUAAAUAUUUACAAAAUCUCUUUUCCACUGUAAGUUACAACAUUUGGACAUCAGAGAUCAGCUUGUUCCUCUUUACAUUUUAACAAAAGUUAUGUAAAAUGCAGUUUUUAUGUUUCUGCUGCUAGAAUUUUUUGUGCUGCUUUCAUUUUAAAUGAAUGUUUCCAGAGGUCAAAGGUUAACAUAAAUUACAGCUCAAAAUCUCUUUUUCAGUUGCAAUUUAUGUAAUUUGUAAAAACAUUAAGUCUCCAGACUCAACUGGCUCCUCUAUUUACAUUAAAAUAAAAAUAAAAAUUUCUGUGCUGCUUUCAUUUUGAAGAUAUUGUUUGCAGAGGUCAAGGGUCAACCUACAUUUACAAAAUUUAAUUAAAUGUGUGAAUCAACUGUGCUACAUUUACACAGCAAAAAUGUUCAAAGAUUUGUGGCGGUAUAAUUUUUAAAAAAGUUUCCUGAUGGCAGAUCAACUUGAUCUUCCUCCCAUUUUUACAACGUAAAACAAAAUUGAUAGAAUUUUAAUGUUUGUGCUGCAAAAAGUUUCAUUUGUGCCGUUAUGAUUUUUAAAAUAUCCCAAAAAAAGGUUUCCAGAUGUCACUUCGCUCCCAUCCGCCCAAAACUGGUGCAUUUUUUAAAACAUUUCUGCUGGUUUGUGCAGCAACAAUUUUAAAGCUACUAAUGUUUCAAAGGUCAAAGGUUAACCACAAAUGUAUUUUUUUAUUUGUGCUGCAGAAAUUGUGCUGCAGUAAGAUUAAUAAAAAGGUUUCCAGAGGAUGUGCGCCACACCCCACAUUUACAAAAUCAAACUAAAUAUUAAUUAGUUGUGCUGUUUGUGCUGCAAAAUGUUUAAUUUGUGCUGCUAUAAUUCUUAAGAUUGUAAAACAAGUUUCCAGAGACCAACCCGCCCUCCACCC